AUGCCGCCAUCCCAGGCUUAUAAACGCGAUAAGGCGGAAACGCCCCUCCUCUUCUUUGAUUGCCUCCACCCCUCGGUGCGGGGGCGGUUAGAUGUGGCCGCGGUGGAGGCGUCUUUUACCAUUCUCCAUCGCAUUCUCUCGAACGCCAUUGCUCAUCCAAACGAGGGGCGUUUUGCGCGAAUUAAUACAACAUCGCGGCGUUGGUUAAAUGACGUCCUCCCUUUUUAUUAUUCUUUACGCCUGCGGGAGUGGUUAGGCCGGCGGUCCGCCGCGUCUUCGGGGGAAUAUCUCGAAUUGGCCAUCGACGACGCCCCCGAAUGGGCGCGAAAGAUGGACGAACUAACGGUGGUGCGGCUUGCGUGGGGCCCUGAGGCGUCGGAAUCGCAAAACAACGACCGGAAUGCACCCGACGAUCGCCUGGUGGAUAUUUUUUCUCAUACCACCGCCGAAGGGGUGCUGCAGGGGCUACUGCGCCCACCACCCCAGGGGAUGCUUCCUCCACUGGAAAAAGCCGCCUGGGAGGGGGGAAAGCGGCUGAUGCGUCUUUUUAUCCUUCGCGAUCGCCUUCAAUCGAUGCGGAACGACUCGUCUUCUUCGCAUUCUUCCGGCGCGGAAGGGCAAGACGAAUCACGGAUAAAGCCCUUUGCGGAUGUUCUUGAAGGUUGUAUAGCAGCGGAAUGGGGCAUUAUCGGUUGUAAUCCCGAUUUCGAGCGCUUCUGUCGCGUUUUUUCCGCCGAUCUCGCCCCUGUUGUGUCGAUUCCGAUUUUAGAAGAAUGUCUAAACGUCAUCGACACCACCCAAAAGCGAACAGCGGACGACGAACAAACACCCAUAUCUUGCGCGCCGCAAAAGAGUCCUAGCGGCGAAUUAAUAGCAUCCCCCUCCUCUUCUUGGCAAAGACAAACACAGAAUGAAGUUCGCCGGCGUAUUGCGGAGCGGCAUCGCGCGGGGUAUCUUUUAGAUAUCCAUCAAGACCUUAGAUCUCGCACCGGCGAGGCCUAUUGUCGGCUUUCGCUGGAGGAGCAGCGAUGUGGGGUUUCCUUGAUUUUAGACAUCGCCGCGUUUAUCGAGCAGGUCGCCAUCGUGGAGGAAACCCAAACACUACUGCGCAAAGAUCGUUUAGAAGCGCGGCGGCUGUUAGAACAAUUCACGCAGGAUGGUGAUUUGGCCUCCCUGCACGCGUUAAGGGAUUGUUGGGAUGAAAAAUUGGAAGCGGCGAAGACGGCGGCGGGAAAUCAAACGGUGUUUUUGAAUUAA